AGACUGUAGUAACCCAUCUCCACCAACCAGCAUUCUCCACCUGACCAGAACCGCCAUUUUUAACGGAAAUCUCUCUCUCUCUCUCCCUCGCUCUCUCUCUUCAAUUCUUUGUUGCCCUUUUCGCUUUCCAUAUUAAACCCUAGCUCUUCUCUGUUGUUUCCUUUUCAAACUGCAUCUUUAUCUCUAUCUGGAUUUGUUCUAUCUACGCACUCGCUAUCUGCUGUACGGUAUCAGGGAUUUGGGAGAUUCUAGGGUUUCGCCAACUCCAUCCAUCAAUGAAUGAUUACUAGGGGGUUUUUUUUGGGUCAUUAAGAGAAAAUGCAUCGGAAUUUGAUUGUCAUUUUCAGUUUGUAUCUACUUCUCUUUUCUGCCUUCAGCUUUGGUCGCAUCGUCGCUGCGUCUGACAUUGAGGUCCGAUCACUGCUCGAGUUCAAGAAAGGGAUCAGAGACGACCCACUGAAGAAGGUCCACAAUUCGUGGAGCCAAUCAUCGUUGACGGAUCCGGGCGCUUGCCCUACGACCUGGCAUGGUAUCGUUUGCAACGAAGCUGGAAAUGUUACAGCCAUUGUCCUCGAUGGGCUCGGUUUGGGGGGAGACUUGAAGUUCUCUACUCUCAAUGGACUUAAAAUGCUGGCGAAUUUGAGCCUUUCCAGUAAUUCAUUCUCUGGGCGGCUCGUGCCAACACUGGGGUUGAUGACUUCUUUGCAGCAUUUGGAUCUGUCCAGUAAUGAAUUUUAUGGCCCGAUCCCGGCUCGGAUUAACGACCUUUGGAAUUUGCACUUUCUGAAUCUGUCAGGGAAUAAGUUCGAGGGCGGGUUCCCAGAUGGGAUCAGAAAUCUCCAACAGUUGAAAUUUUUGGAUUUGCAUUCGAAUAGGCUAUGGGGGAACAUUGAGGCCAUUUUGUCGGAGCUACGAAAUGUGGAGGUUGUUGAUUUGAGCGACAAUAAGUUUUUUGGGUCGCUUCCAGUUGGUCCGGAGAACAUUUCUAGCUUGGCGAAUACAGUGCAUUCUGUGAAUUUGAGUCACAAUAACUUGAGUGGUGAAUUCUUCAAGGGUGAUUUGAUUAUGUUGUUUCGAAACUUGGAAGUUUUGGAUUUGAGUGGUAACCAGCUUCUUGGAGAGCUUCCAUCAUUUGGGUCAUUGCCAAAUCUUCAAGUUUUGCGCCUUCGAAAUAAUCAGUUGCAUGGCUCAAUUCCAACAGAGCUGUUGACGAGUCUGAUGGAUUUGAAGGAAUUGGAUCUUAGUGGCAAUGGGUUUACAGGGUCAAUCCAACAACUUAACUCUACAACUUUGAAUGUUUUGAAUCUUUCAUCCAAUGGGCUGUUGGGUUCUUUGCCUUCUUCAUUGGGAGGAUGUGUAAUUGUGGAUGUGAGCAGAAACAUGAUUUCUGGUGACAUAUCCAUUAUGCAGAGCUGGGAGUCCAAUUUGGAGGUUCUGGAUUUGAGUUCAAACAAGUUGACUGGAAGCUUUCCAAAUAUGACUUCGCAAUUUCAAAAAUUAUCUGAUCUUAAAAUUAGAAACAAUUCUUUGGCUGGCACUUUGCCUUCUACACUUGGGACAUUUCCAAGACUUUCUGUUGUUGAUCUCAGCUCUAACAAGCUUGAUGGGCCUAUUCCACACAGUUUAUUCACUUCUUUGACCUUGAAAAGCCUGAAUCUUUCUAGCAAUUAUUUUAUGGGUGCAAUACCUUUUGAAGGGUCGCACACAAGUGAAUUACUAGUUCUGCCCUCUUAUCCACAGAUGGAGUCUCUUGAUCUCUCUAGUAAUUCCUUAACGGGUACAUUGCCUUCAGCCAUUGGAAACAUGGGAAGACUUGUGUUGCUGAGUCUUGCAAGGAACAGUUUAUCUGGGCAGAUACCAAGUGAAAUGAGCAAACUGGGUGGAUUGAAGUACCUUGAUUUGUCCAACAACAAUUUCAGUGGUAUUAUCCCUGAGACACUUCCAUCAACCCUGACUGUAUUCAGUGCGUCCAACAAUAAUUUUUCUGGUCUUGUUCCAAAAAAUCUGAGACACUUUCCUAUCACUGCAUUUCAUCCUGGAAAUUCCUUGCUAAAUUUUCCAAAUGAUGUGCCAUCACAGAAUGGUGCUUUUGGUCACGUUAACAAUAGGAAACACCACAGUUCAAAUGCUAGUAUUAGAGUAGCAAUUGUUGUUGCCUCAGUGGGGGUUGCCAUAAUGAUUGCCAUUGUUUUACUGGCUUAUUAUCGAGCUCAGCAUCAAGACUUUCGUGGGAGAAGUGGACUUUGUGGCCAAACUACUGGGAGGGAUAUUAACUUAGGAAGAUCUUCUCGAUCUUCCUUUUUCAAAUUUCAUUCAAAUGUUGAACCAACAGCAACUUCAUUGAGUUUUUCUAAUGAUCACUUGCUGACUUCAAAUUCAAGGUCAUUGUCAGGGCAAACAGAGUUUUUAACCGAAAUUGUUGAGCAUGUUGUCCCUGAGAGAGUAUCAGCCACUUCAGCAUCAAUGAAUCCCAAUGUGCCAGAUAAUCAACCUGCAACAUCUGGAAGGAAGUCUUCACCUGGUUCCCCACUAUCUUCCUCACCCCGAUAUAUUGAAGUGUUUGAACAACCUGCAAUGUUGGAUGUGUAUUCCCCUGAUCGAUUGGCUGGAGAACUGUUCUUCCUGGAUGGUUCAUUGGCAUUCACAGCUGAGCAGUUAUCUCGGGCUCCGGCUGAAGUUCUGGGUAGAAGCAGCCAUGGUACUUUGUACAAAGCAACUUUAGAUAGUGGACAUAUUUUGACCGUAAAGUGGUUGCGAGUGGGACUAGUUAAACACAAGAAAGAAUUUGCCAAGGAAGUUAAAAGAAUUGGCUCUAUUAGACAUCCAAAUAUUGUUCCGUUACGAGCAUAUUAUUGGGGACCCAGGGAGCAGGAGAGGCUGAUUCUAGCUGACUUUAUCAAUGGGGAUACCUUGGACCUGCAUCUAUAUGAGACCACGCCUCGGAGGUAUUCCCCAUUAUCAUUUAGCCAAAGAUUAAAAGUUGCAGUAGAUGUUACUCGGGGUCUGUUAUGCCUCCAUGACUGUGGACUGUCUCAUGGAAACCUAAAGCCAACAAAUGUGCUCCUGUUUGGCCCUGAUUUCAAUGCUUGCCUUACUGACUAUGGCCUUCACCGCCUAAUGACGCCAGCUGGCAUUGCAGAGCAGAUACUAAAUUUAGGAGCGCUUGGAUACCGUGCCCCAGAACUUGCUACCACAGCCAAACCAACCCCAUCAUUCAAAGCCGAUGUGUAUGCGUUAGGAGUGAUCCUGAUGGAAUUGUUGACUAGAAGAAGUGCAGGUGAUAUAAUUUCAGGCCAAUCUGGUGCCGUAGAUCUAACAGAUUGGGUUCGACUGUGCGAUCAAGAAGGACGAGGAAUGGACUGUAUUGACAAAGACCUUGCAGGUGGGGAGGAACACUCAAAAACCAUGGAUGAGUUGCUUGCCAUAUCACUCCGGUGUAUUCUGCCUGUAAAUGAGAGGCCUAACAUUAGACUGGUUUUUGAAGAUCUCUGUUCUAUAUCUGUUUGAUAUUUUUUGUACAUGUGUCCUGGAAUUAUUUUUUUCUUUCCUCGACCCAAUUGUAUUUCUUUCUUUUCUUUAUUUCCUCAAUUGAUUUCCAGCCUCUUGACCUGGGCUAAUCAUCAUUUUUUCCCCUAAAAUUUUCUUGUAAAGGAAUUAAUCAAGCAUUGACCGAUUGGCAGUAUUUGAGUUUGAUCGUGAAUUGAAAUGGAUUGCAAUUCUUUUGUGUU